AACACCUGUUUGCACAAAAAUCAACAGAAUACAAUCAUUUUGUGAUCGAAUGACACACGAACAAAAUAACGAAUUGAAUAUUUUGCUUGCUAGAGCUAUUUACACCAGUUCAGCACCACAUUCAAUUACCGAGAAUGAAGAUUGGAAAUUGUUUUUUAAAAAAAUUAGACCUUCAUACACCUUACCAUCGAGAUAUAUGUUAUCAAAUCGUCUCCUGACCGAAGAGUACGAGCGAGUUGAAGUUCAAGUUAAUGAUAAAAUUAAGCAAGCUGACAAUUUAUCAUUGCAAUGCGAUGGUUGGUCCAACUUGCGAAAUGAAAGUGUAAUUAAUUUCAUUGUUACAACACCCGAACCGUUAUUUGUCAAAUCAGUACUAACAAAAGCAGAGAAGCAUACCGCAGAAUAUAUAACAAAAUUAAUGGUUGAAGUUCUGGAGGAGUAUGGACCUAAAAAAUUUUUCGCUAUUGUGACUGAUAACGCAAAGAAUAUGAGGAAGGCUGUGAGACAAUGUGAAGAGAUGUAUCCCCAUCUUGUAUCAUACGGCUGUUUAGCGCACACAUUACAUUUAUUGUGCAGCGAUAUUUUGAAAUUAUCUUCAAUAGAGACACAUUUGUCACAUAUUAUACAUAUCGUUAAAACUAUUAACCAGUGUCAAGUACUGAGAGCUCAAUUCACAGAAAUAAGAAAUGAGAUGAAGUGUGGAGUGUCUCUUAGCCUACCUGUAAAAACAAGAUGGGGUUCACAUGUAAAAUGUCUUCAAGAUCUGACUAAAUGCAAGUCCGUCCUACAACGUCUAGCAAUAUCUCCAGAUAAAACAAUUCAAGAUAGAAUACGCAGCGCAAAAGCAAAUUUACUUGAUGAAGGAUUCUGGAUAAAUUCUAGCGCUCUUGUUGAAUUGCUUAAGCCAAUUACUGAAGCAAUAACACGUCUUGAAGGAGAUUCUUCGUCAAUUCAUUUGGUUUGUGAAACUUUCGCGAAAAUCGGUAGUAACAUAUCUACUCAUUUAGAAUGCGUGAAACUAACGGAUUGCGAAAAAACAGAAGCGAUGGAUAAAUUUAUAUCAAGGAAGGAAUACGCCCUUCAACCGAUCCAUUUUGCCGCAGACUUACUAAACCCUCGGUCUGUUGGUGCAAAUUUAUCAUCAGCCGAAAGGAUUGAAGCGAUGAAAUACAUUACUACUAUGUCAACCACGACCACGAUAGAGAUUGGUGAUGAAGGAGUGUCAAAGAUUACUGAGGAUUUAGGAAACUAUUUAGCUAAAACAGACUUUUUUGGCGAAACAUUUUUAUGGAACAUACUCGAUAAUGUCUCUUUGGUUACAUGGUGGAAAGGAUUUUGUGGACAUUCAUGCCUCUCCAAAGUUGCAGUCAGGAUAUUGACAAUGCCGUGCACUUCUGCGGCAACAGAGAGAAGCUUUAGCUCCCAGAGCAGCAUUCAUACGAAGAGAAGAAAUCGCCUAACAACUCAAAGGGCAGCAAAUUUAAAUUAUAUACAAUAUAAUUCAAAAUUGCUGAAACGUUCACGACAACAUCACAUACAAAGUCAAUAUCCUAUAGAAGAGACUGUACAGAACAACGUUUCGAUAGAAGGUAGAAACUUACAGAAGGAGAUAGAAGUAAUUGAAAACCAUAUUUCCGAAGAGGAAGAAUUAGACGAGACAAUAUCAUCAUGGCAUUCAAAUACAACAGGAAAUGGAAAUUCCGACGAUGAUUUUAAUUUUGCUGACUUUGCAAUGACCGAUGAUGAAAUUGAUCAAAGAAUGGAAACUAGGGAACAGAGACCAGCACGCAUUUUGAGACAAAGCAAAGUGAACAUUUUAGAAAACGUCUUAAUGAAAUCGGGUAAAGGCACAGAACAACCCCAAAAAAAAACGGAAGUCGAGAAGGAUACUUCAGAUGCCGAAAACAAGGUAGUUAGAUCUGUAUAUAUUAUAUUAUAAACCCAUUAUUUUUACUCUCUAUGUUUACACUUUCCUAUUUAAUUUCAGGAUGCAGUUCUGGAUUUGCCGGAGAUAAAAAAAAUUACACAAGGCUCAUUGGAAGAGCAAACAAUUGAAACUUCGACGUUUUAUAACAAGAAGGUCUCCAGUUGUCUGCGAAAAAGGAAGUUGUGAUUUAUAAAAGCCGCUUAAAACAAAACUAAAGAACCUAUGUUUUCAUUUCUUUAUUAUUUGUAUGUAUUUCUUAUCCACUUUUCUUUAUUUCAUAAGUAUGUAGUUACUUUGUGUUUAUUAUAUUCAAUAUGAAUGCAAACAAUUGAUUUUUUAAUACAAUGAACAUAAAUUACAUAAGUUACAUAAAUUACAUCUGGUUUGUAAUUUUUGGGUAAUUUUACACGUGUAACUUACAAUUUCUGAAAUUACACGUAAUUUCACAUC